UGUUAUUCGUGGUCAUCCCUUUGGUCUAACUGUCGUCACCAUGGAAGAUGAUAAGACGUAUACCGUCUAUUCCGACGGUGUCUUUGAUAUGCCUCAUCUGGGUCAUAUGCGCCAGCUUGAGCAGGCCAAAAAGAUGUUUCCAAAGUGCAUCCUUAAGGUCGGCGUGACUGACGAUGAAGAGACUUUACAAUUGAAAGGGCAGACUGUGAACACGAUGGCAGAGCGUGCUGAAUUCUUACGUCACGUUCGUUGGGUGGACGAGGUGAUAGCUCCAUGUCCCUGGAUCGUAACUAAGCAGUUCAUGACCAAGCACGGUAUAGACUUUGUUGCUCAUGAUGACAUUCCGUAUUCCACGAGCCAAAAGGCCACCAAGGGCAUCAAUGAAGCUAGUGAUAACGAUAUCUACGGCUGGUUAAAGGAGGAAGGCCGUUUCAAGGCAACUCGUCGUACGGCUGGUGUUUGUACCACUGACCUUGUAGUGCGUAUACUACAGCACUAUGAAGACUACAUCGAGAAAUCGAUUAAUACUGGCGUCAACCCCAAGGACCUUAACAUUGGUACUACCAUGGCCAAUUCAAUCCGUGUUAAGAAGAAGAUUAACAAGUGGGUCAGGCAGAUAACGGACCAGAUUACCUCCACUGACGUAUCACUUGGUAAUAAACUCGAGGGCAAAAUAGAGGAAAUUCGUGCGGGUAUAGCUACUUCCCUGGAACAGUGGAUAGAGCGUUAUAUACAUGCACUACGUGACUUUGCUGGUGAUGAAAACGGUGCUGACAGUGAGAGCAGCGGUAGCGAUACCCCGCCAGCUGAGGAGGUGUUUGAGGACGUCAACAGUGCCAAGGACCAUGCCUCGAUAGACGAGUUCGUGGAUAUAACGCCCACGAGAUCUACUAUUUGUAGUUAUGUUGACGACUUCGUUGACGCCGGCGGCUCUUGUAACACCUCUGAGUCCCUGGGGGCGGCAUCCGCCACUGAUGACUACGACACUCGCGAGGACAUCUUUGUCUACACAGCGGGUGUAUUCGACCUGUUACACUACGGUCACGCACGACACUUUGAGCAGAUAAAGAAGUGCUUCAAUAAGGUACAUCUCAUAGUUGGCGUGGUGUCGGAUGACGUGGCUCUUAAGUUAAAGGGUCGUGUAAUGCAGCCGUGCAGGGACCGUGCAGCGGCGUUGUAUCACAUCAGAUGGGUUGACGACAUCCUGGAAUGCCCGCCACACCCGAUAACCAAAACGUUCCUCCGGAAACACCGCAUUGACUAUGUCAUAUCGUCGCCUAAUGUAGAGUGUGAUGCGGAUGCCACCCGUUGGCUCAAGGACAAUGGCCGCAUAGUUGCCUUGCAACGUACCCCUGGUAUAAGCACCUCCAAUAUAAUGAUGCGCAUAUUGCGCAACUACGAAACCUAUAUCAAGCGCUCACUUGAGCGCGGUGUAGGUCGUGAGGACCUUAAGAUUGGUUUCACCACGGCGAAUUCCAUCAAGCUCAAGAGCUCGAUAGAAAACUGGCAGAAGAAAUUUACCCAGGAGGUGCACAAGGCAACCUUGACGGACCACCCAGUGGGACAUGAAUUUGACCGUCUAAUUGAUAAAAUAGUGGAAGUAGUUGACGGUUGGCGCAAGGACUCCAAGGUAAUGAUCGAAAACUUUAUAAACCACGUAAUGUGGCCAGUUUCGCAAUAACUAUGUAAUUAA